AUGGAUAAUCUAAGAGAAAAACUCCUUUUUUUCAUCUUCGAACGAGACCGCAAAAAACUGGUUUAUGAAGUUGGAGCUGUAGCUGGGCUUUAUGCAGUUUGCAAAGUUCCUCAUUUCAUAUUGAAAUAUACACUGUUGCAUCCGAUUCCGACGUAUGAUUUCCCACAGACCAGGGAUGAGAAUUUCAAGGUGCUGCAAAAAGGCCUUGAUGAAGGAAAACUGCCAAGGAUCUUUCGACCACGUCUUUUUCCCGGAUCUACCUUCAGUGACAUGUUCAUCAUUACCGACUUCGAAAUCAUGAAAGAAGCGUUCGCGAAACGCGAAAUUUCUAAUCGUCAGUUUUCAGAAAAAGUUGUGCUCUGUAUCAAAGAUACUCUGAGAAGACGAAACUACCACAGUGUACCACGAUCUAUUUUGGACGAGAAUGAUCAGCUGCUCAAGAAUGGCGCUGGUGAUUUAGCUGGAACUGCCGAAGGACCCUAUGACCACUUCCACAAGAAAUUCAGAGCUCAGUGGCAUGAUACUAUGAAGCGACUUGUUGGCAAAAAUCGAAUAACUGAGAUCAUCCAAAGCUCGGCAGAAAAUGCCUGUAUUCAACUCAAGAGGCUUGGGUCAUCUCCUUCUGGAAUGGAUCCACGAAGAGUAUUCAUGAAUGGAAGCAUAAAUGUCACUUCUGGUUUUGCUUACGGAAAGAAUUACGAUUUCGAAGACCCAGAAUUCAAACAGAUUGCUGAGUACAUUGAUAGUUACUUUGUUGGCAUUUUUCAUUACAAUAUGAAAGCUGUUUGCGACAAUAUGGUUCCUCUUUGGGAUACGAACCGUGAAAAGCUAAGCCAUAGUAACUUGUAUUGUGAGCUCUGGAGAAAAACUCCUGUCAGGCAUAUGGAAGAUGCUAUCCCGCUUUUUCAUGCUUAUGUUUUCAAGAUGAUCAAAGAACAAAGAAAACUUCUUGAUCCUGCAAAUCCUCGAAAUUUUCUCGAUACUCUUUUAAUCGACGCAUCAAACGACCCAGAAUGGGGAUACUUUACAAUUGCCUGUACUAUUGUUGCUAUCUUUCUGGGUGCUAGCGAUACAUUGGCAAACACUAUGACCUGGCUUUCGAUGGUCCUCGCCGAUCACCCAGAAGUGCAGAAAAAGAUGUUCGAAGAAAUCAAAGCUGCUCGUUCAAUAGAUACUGACUUGAAAAAAGAAAACUGCCCGUUGACGAGGUCGAUCUUGUUGGAAAGCAGAAGAUUGAAUCCCGUAACAGACACACUCAUUCAUAUUGUUUCUGAAGAUACAAAAGUCAAAGGGUUUACUUUUCCGAAGAACUCGCAAAUUCUAGGGUCGCUAACGGCGGUAAUGCACGAUCCUAAAAACUUUCCUGAGCCUUCGAAAUUCAUUCCCGAUCGGUUUAUCGACGAAAAUGGCGAAUUUGUGAACAACCCAAAAGUCUGUGGAUUCUCAGUGGGGCUCAGAAAUUGCAUCGGAAAGUCAUUGGCGAUCGAAGAGUAUUUUGCAUUUGCAACGAGUAUGGUCGAGAAUUUUGAAAUCAAAAGACUGGCUGGCAAUAUGGACAUUGAAGCUCAUCCUUUCCUUCGAAUUCCAAAAGAUGAUGUUCGCCUCCAAUUUAUUCCGAGAAAAAAAUAA